CAGGAGACAGAAAACAAGGGCAAAAUUCUAAAGGACUUUAUUGUACAGAUGAUUCAGUAGAAAGAGUUCCUUUGAAAUAUACUGGAAUCAUUUCAGCUUACAAAGUUCCUUAUUGUUUUUACUUAAAACUGCUUACUAAAAGGAAAUGGAUUGGACGGGAGCAAUUUUAACAUUACUACUAUUUAUUCUUGCAAUUAUGUUCCGUUUCAACAAGGGCAGUUCCUGGAAUAACAGCGUCUCCAAUCUUCCCCCGGGACCCAGGACCAUACCCAUUCUGGGAAAUCUACACAUGAUGGAUCUGAAGAAGCCUUACAAAACAAUGAUGGAGUGGUCAAAAGAAUACGGUCCCGUUUUUCGCAUCAGACUGGGAUUCCAGGAGAUGGUGGUGCUGACUGGAUAUGAGACGGUGAAAGAGGCUCUCGUGAACCAGGGAGAUGCAUUUGCAGAGAGAGCCUCUGUCCCUUUCUUUGAGGAUGUUACAAAGGGCUUUGGUCUUGUUUUUGCUCAUGGCGACAACUGGAAAGUGAUGCGACGGUUCACAUUAUCCACAUUACGGGAACACGGAAUGGGAAGGAAGACCAUUGAAGACAAAAUCACAGAAGAGUGUAGUGUCUUAACAAAGACAAUUGAGGCUUAUGAAGGAAAACCCUUUGAUGUCACAACAAUUCUGACUGCUGCUGUUUCCAACAUCAUCAUUUCUAUCCUACUCGGGAAACGCUAUGAAUAUAAUGAUGCCAAAUUUCUACAACUACUGAAGGCAAACAGUGAAAAUUUUCAACUUUCAGGAAGCCCUGCUAUAUUGCUAUAUAAUUUGUUUCCCAUGUUGGGGUUCCUUUUCGCUACUCCUAAAUCAAUGAUAAAGAAUCAAAGUAAAAUUCAUGAUUUCAUACAGACCAUCCUCAAACAAUAUUUACAAGAUCUUGAUGAAAACGACCAGAGCAAUUUGAUUGAAUCAUUUCUUGUUCGGCAAAGAGAAGAAAAUAUGAAGAUGAAAAAUGAUGGAUAUUUCCGUAAUGAAAACCUUAUGGGUCUCGUAGAUGACUUAUUUGGUGCUGGUACAGAAACAAUAGCAAACACUAUGUGCUGGGCGAUACUCCUAAUGAUGAAGUAUCCAGAAAUUCAGAGUAAAGUCCAAGAAGAAAUUGCAAAAGAGAUUGGCGACUUCCAGCCGACAACAGAAGACCGAGCAAAAAUGCCUCAUAGCGAUGCCGUAAUUCAUGAAAUUCAAAGGUUUGCUGACGUCGUCCCCACCAAUUUGCCACAUGCAACCACCAUGGAUGUAACUUUCAAGGGUUUCUUCAUCCCCAAGGGUACGUACAUCAUUCCCUUGCUGACUUCUGUGCUCCAUGAUGAAUCUCAGUGGGAGAAGCCUCACGACUUCUAUCCUGAGCAUUUUCUUGACUCUGAAGGAAAAUUUGUGAAAAGGGAUGCAUUCAUGCCAUUUUCUGCAGGUCGGAGAAUAUGUGCUGGUGAGAACCUUGCCAAAAUGGAGCUCUUCCUCUUCUUUACCAGCCUCUUGCAGAAAUUUACCUUCCAGCCACCCCCAGGAAUUUCUAAAGAUGACCUGGACCUGACUCCUUGUGUUGGGCUUACCUCCACUCCCAUGCCUUACAAGACCUGUGCUGUGUUACGCUGAUCUGACCAACAACAACAACAACAAUGUUAUAAUAAGCUGCUUUCUCAGUCUUGAAUUAUCUUCGUUUUGAGAGGCACAAUUUAACAACAGAAUUCAGUAUUGUCUAUAUUUCAUCUGUUGUUUAAAAAAGGAAUGGUAAUAACCUAUAAAUUCAUGAAAUGUAGAUUCUGAUAGGAAAAUUAGUAGAGAAGUCAUGAAAUGCAAAGUGCUUUUCUUUUCUUUUUUUCUUGCCAUUUGUUUCCUUAACUUUUUACUAUUUUUUGGUCUUUUUCAACUUAAGAAGUGGGUAUCUUCUUUUUUUCUGGAGCAGUCCCACAAUAGUCAAUUUAGAUAUUUGCUUGUACACCAUCCAGAAUCCCUCUGGGAAAGCGAUGGGCAGUAUUACAAAUUUGAUCAAUAAAUAAAUGCCUCGGUGUCAA